AUUUCACUUCAUUCCAUGGCGAUUCAGUGCAUGGAUAGGCUGCCGUUGAAAUUUCUCCUUAGAUUUCAGAUUUUUACCAUUUCAAUUAAUAUUAGCAUUUUAUACAAUACAUUAGGCUGAACUUAUUUCCCACGAAAUCUUGUACAAGGGAAUUUCAACACUUGUUUUCACCGCAAAUGCUCUUGUGGGUGUUCCUCAAUCUUUGUCAUGAUUUGCUCAGUGCUUCGAGAAGAAGAUGAACGAAACAUGUAAGUUAUUCAAUCAAGAGAUAAGGCUGGACAACGGCGACGACUGGGCAUUUCACUUGGUUAUCCUCUUUGACAUAAAAUACAAUGUUGUGAUACAUACACUGGCGGAUAUAUAUGACGGGUCAUCCAUAUUUCGCUGUGCCUAAUUUUCCACCAGAAGGGUGAUAGAGCCUGCUCUGACGUCUGCAUCAGAUAUUGUCCAUUGCAUUUUUUUAUGGACAUUUUUUCCUCACUGACUUUGAGUUGAGAGAAGCAAAUGUACAUCAUCAUCAGCAACAAAAGGGGAAUGAAGAUUUAUGUUUUAUUUUUUUUACCCACGCCUCCCCUUUCACCCCCAAACAUUUACAGCUAAAACAAAUUCUUAAACACAUCAUAGCCUACAUUGUGGAACAAUCUCUAGCGCCGGAGCAUCGCUGGAACCAUGCCUCUUCUGCAGGUUUGGACUGGGAAAUUGCAACUGCCAAUUUAAUCAACAAGACGCUGCUGUUCCUUAUCAGACGUCUCUCAGUUUUUCUGGGCUUUUUCGUUUUUAAAGAAAAGGGCUUGUUAUUACUUUUUGAAAGUCUUGUGUAGGCUGUAAUGAGCAAGAUGUCGGAUCUUCUGGUGUUGGUUGAGGGGGUCUGUGACCUGCACGGAUUUCCAUAGCUUGGGAAAACAGCUUGGACCAAUUACGAGGUUUAAACACGCAUUUUGUAUAAAGCCAUUACAUGACUAAAUGUAAUGUAUCAUAUAUUUUUUUUCAGCAAUUUAUUUGAAUUGCUUUUUUAAACUUUCUUUUCACAAUUUUCUUUGGACCACAAGCGGUUGGAUUAUUGAAACUAUAUAAGGAUUUGUGGAAAUGUUGGGUCCUCAAGAAGAUAAAUUAUGUGGAAUGUUCUCUGCUUUGGCGGCUCUGUCCUUCGUUUGCUUUGUUCAAAGCACCUCCACUGGACAAACCGGAAUAUCUGUGGCCAAGGCCACGGUGGACAAGUUGCUGAAGGGGUAUGACAUCCGUCUAAGGCCUGAUUUUGGAGGUGCCCCAGUCAUCGUAGGAAUGAGCAUCAACAUCGCUAGCAUUGACUCCAUCUCAGAAGUGAACAUGGAUUACACCAUCACAAUGUAUUUCCAGCAAAGUUGGCGAGACAAGCGGUUGGCAUACGCUGAGCUGCCCCUCAACCUGACUCUGGAUAACCGCGUAGCAGACCAGCUGUGGCUCCCAGACACCUACUUCCUCAAUGACAAGAAGUCCUUCCUGCAUGGCGUGACAGUGAAGAACCGUAUGAUUCGACUGCAUCCUGAUGGCACCGUGUUAUAUGGGCUCAGAAUAACCACCACAGCAGCUUGCAUGAUGGAUUUGAGGAGGUACCCCCUCGACGAACAGAACUGCACCUUGGAAAUCGAAAGCUAUGGGUACACCACAGACGACAUAGUGUUCUACUGGCACGGAGGGGACAAUGCGGUGACAGGGGUGGACAAACUGGAGCUUCCCCAGUUCUCCAUCGUGGCGCUUCGGCUGGUGUCCAGGGAGGUCAGGUUUACCACAGGUUCCUAUCCCAGGCUAUCACUGAGUUUCAGGAUUAAGAGGAACAUUGGCUACUUCAUCCUGCAGACAUACAUGCCCUCCAUCCUGAUCACCAUCCUAUCCUGGGUCUCCUUCUGGAUCAAUUACGAUGCCUCUGCAGCUCGGGUGGCCCUUGGUGUUACAACGGUGCUCACCAUGACAACCAUUAACACCCACCUUAGGGAGACCCUCCCAAAGAUCCCGUAUGUGAAAGCCAUCGACGUCUACCUCAUGGGCUGUUUUGUGUUUGUGUUCCUGGCCCUGCUCGAAUAUGCCUUCGUAAACUACGUGUUCUUUGGCCGGGGCCCCCAGCAACAGAAGAAAAUCCACGAGCGGCUGAACAAAACCAACAACGAGCGCCCGCGAUACGAAGAGAAGCGCCUGAGAGAACAGGACUCCAUUGCCACGCCGUUUCAAACCAACACCCUCAGGUCAUAUACACAGAGAAGAAAUCUGUACCUCGAGGAGCAAAGAAAAGUUGGGGUGGACGCAUACGGGAAUAUCCUGCUCACCACGCUGGAGAUGAAUAAUGAGGUGAUGCCGUCAGAUGUGGGAAGUAGCGUCAGUGACUCCCGGAAUUCAGUGAUGUCAUUCGACAGCUCCGGGGUCCAGUUCAGGAAGCCCAUGGCUCCCCGGGACGGCUUCAGCCACCACUCACUGGACCGCAGCGCUAUGCGCAGCAGGGCCAACUGUCGGCUACGACGGCGCUCCUCCAAGCUCAAGCUGAAAAUCCCCAAUCUGGCAGAUGUCAGCACCAUUGACAAAUGGUCCCGGGUCCUUUUCCCCAUCAUGUUUGGAUUUUUCAACCUAAUCUACUGGUUGUACUAUGUGAAUUGAUGUGCAUCCCACUAGGAAUCAUGGGCCAUAUUUUGAGAGCACAUUAAAUUGGCUUUGAUACAGUUGGAAAAUAUGUAUACACAUAUACAAGUUGAUACAUACAGUAUGUAUAUGCAUAUUUCUAUAUAUUAUAUUUAUAUAUACACGUGUGUGUGUGUAAAUCUGAAGGACUUUUCUCCUGUAUAAAGUAUUAUUAGAAUGACUUGAAUGUUUAAGAAUAAUUUCAAGCCUUUGAGUUUCCUUUUCCUUGCGAAACAAACAAACUAGCAAAGAAACGAACGAACUAACAACCAUCAGAGAUCCCUUUGGGGGAUUUUGGAACUAAAGACUGCAUGAUAUUUUUGCUAAAAAAGAAAGCGAAAGCUCUUGAGAGAAGAGAUGUCUCAGUCUCAUUGGCUUUUUAUUGAUACUCCGUAAUCGGCGUCCUCUACUGCAGCUCAUCAAAUCAGGUGACUCGUGUGUUCAGGCAUCGGCUGAGUCAAGUCCCUAAUAUCCAGCCCCCCCCCCCAGCCCAUUUCCCAUGGAUAACAUACACGGAAUUCUCCGGGUUCGACCCUGUACAGCAACCUUGUUUGGAUUAUGUGUCGUUCCUUGGCUUUUUUUUUCGAGUGACGUUCUCUUUAUGGGACAUCGGCUCUGGUACAAUGCUGGUCUGCGUUUGGGGGCCAUCAGGAUGGGAUGUUAGACCACUGCGUUUCUGAGUCAGUGCAAAACCUCUCUUCAUUUCUCUAUUCAUGUUUGUUUUUAGAGCAGUUCCUUGGGGUAUUUUCAUUAUGGUUAUCCAGAUGAUGAUUAUUGUAAUUAUUAUUUCGUCUUGAAAAUACUGGGCUUUUGGGAGUGUGUCACUUAACGAGGUUCUAGUUAGUGCAUUACUAGAACAAAAAGUCACAGGUAUGAAUUGCUCAUUUUGAUUGUUUAAAAAAUAGACAUAUAAUGUACAUUUUGUAAUUCAGUAUCCUCGUGAACAUAGUUGGCAAAUAUAAUUGUGCGUUUUCUUUACCAUCCUCCUCGUGCUUCACAUGCUCUGUAGAUACAGUCAUUAUUGCCUCAUAUUCAGCUUUGUGUUCUGUAAGGAAGAAACGAUACCUAGAAUGAACACAUUUGAAGUUAUUCCACUAUAAAAAUGUGAGAAACAAUAUUGUGUAUUAAAAAAGGGAUAUCGCCAUGGUUUCUUUGUUUGAGAGUGAAAUCAACAUAUCAGCCCAUAGUUUGACCUGUAGUUGAAUGUAAUACUCUCUCACUUUGAAACAGUUUUCACCCCGAGAAUGUUGGGCACUGAUAUUAUAGUUCCUAUGAAACGUGCCUGUCUUAAAAUUUGAAUGGCCGUGUUCUCAAAUUAGCUUUUUUAGUUGCGGUUGUAGCGGGAUUAGAGGAAGAAAAAGAAUCAACCUCUCGCAUCCAUUAGCUCUGAAAACACUGCAGAUCUACCACCCUUUAAAUGGGCUCUGAGGAUCACACCCCAAAGAUCAGAAACAUCAGCAGAAUCGGGAACAUUUGGUUUUCAGUUUUUAGGGGGCAAGACCAGAUGUGUGAUAAAUAUAGCCAUGAACUAAAUUGAGAACCAAAAAGGCCUAGAAUCCCUAUGUUAUUUUUGGCUUUUGCUCUUAAUGUCACUACAUUCCAUCUGCUCAGAUCCACACACUAAUGAGAUGUCCACUGCAGAGUUGAUGCCAUGCCAUUUUGAGCCACAGUGUACCUUUAAAGGACAACCUUGUUUUUCAUUAUUUGGUUCUGCCUAGAGUGAAGAGAAGAGCAAAUGCAUUCAGGCAUUUCAGUUUAAACUGGCAUUUACAGGCUAUCUCUGUGUUCAAACUAGCAUUGCAUUGAUUCAACAAUGCAGUGCAGUGGAUUUGAAUAUUCAUGCUAAGGAAUGACAAUUGCGGUUGUGAUUGAAACAUGCAGCGCAUUGUUGAAUCUACUGGGUUUGCAUGGUUAUCAAAUGACAUGGGGUGACAGAGGGAGGAAAAGUUGCAGGUCAGAUGCAGAGGUAGCCAAACCAAGAGAUGGGGUCCUUUGGACGUUCCAGAGGAUAAGAGAGGAGAGAAUGUUGAGAGCAUCACAGUUACUGCCUUGCACAUUGCAGUGACCAAUCUCCUUAGAACUCACUGAUGGGCUCCCCUAAGUUCCAAGAGCUUGUCUCUCCAACGUCUCCUUCCCCUGGCCGGCACCAGACAGGAAGGAAACGGACCUUUAACUGGGAGCCCCGGGCCCCAUGGAGGACUAGCACAGGACAGGAUGCACCACGGGGCAGAGAGAGAGGAGAGACAGGAAGAAGGACAAAGAGCGAGAAACAGAGAUACAGAAAAGGAGACAGAUCAUAGUGUGGAGCAAAGAAGAGAUCUUGGAUCCUGACGCUUUUCGCCCCAGUGAGUUGGAUCCGACUCCAACGUUCUACCUGUAGUUGAUUGUAACCGGAACUGUAUCUGGGAUACUGUAGCAUACUGUUGUCACUGGUUACAAUGUUACGCCACCAAUGACGGCUCGUCUCUGCAACAUAUUUCAGAGAAAUGAACCAGAGUUUGCACUAAGUCCAACCUGCAAUGCCAGGUUACACUACAGCAGAAAAUAAAGCAGUACAGUGUAGCUAUUGAGACUAAAGGUUGAACAAAUGAGUUUCUGUUUAGUCUAAAACAUAAUCAGUGGAUGAUGCUAAUCUGUAGGGGGAAGAAAUACUGUAUGACGUCACUUGAUGUUACUCAGGAACCUGGUAUCAGAUUUUAAAGACCUUCCGCUUCUGCUCCCUAGUGAUCUAUGUCAAACUAGCCUACAUAAUACUUCAUAAACAUGGCAUAACUCUUGUUUUAACCAUACAUCUCCUUUUGGCCAACGACCCCUGUGGUGUCACAUAUAAGGACUUAGGCUUGCUAGUGUCAUCAGGAUUUCUAUGAAUGGUUUUGGUAUGGAUUGUGUCAUGGUUAAGAUGGCCUUAUAUGGGCUUUAGCCUAUAGAAUUCAUAAGUAACUAUGUGUAUUUAUGUUGUAUAUACUGUAAGCUAUCACUCACUCAGUCACUGAGACACCAACCAGCUGAUCAUAUUGUCAGAGUAGCAGUAGAUGUUCAACCAGAUGAUCAUAUUGUCAGAGUAGCACUAGAUCUUCAACCAGCUGAUCAUAUUGUCAGAGUAGACCAGAUGUUCAACCAGCUGAUCAUAUUGUCAGAGUAGCACUAGAUGUCCAACCAGAUGAUCAUAUUGUCAGAGUAGCACUAGAUCUUCAACCAACUGAUCAUAUUGUCAGAGUAGCACUAGAUGUCCAACCAGCUGAUCAUAUUGUCAUUGUAGCCCUCGAUGUCCAACCAGCUGAUCAUAUUGUCAGAGUAGCACUAGAUGUCCAACCAGAUGAUCAUAUUGUCAGAGUAGCACUAGAUCUUCAACCAACUGAUCAUAUUGUCAGAGUAGCACGAGAUGUCCAACCAGCUGAUCAUAUUGUCAGAGUAGCCCUCGAUGUCCAACCAGCUGAUCAUAUUGUCAGAGUAGCACUAGAUGUUCAACCAGAUGAUCAUAUUGUCAGAGUAGCACUAGAUGUUCAACCAGAUGAUCAUAUUGUCAGAGUAGCACUAGAUGUCCAACCAGCUGAUCAUAUUGUCAGAGUAGCACUAGAUUUCCAACCAGCUGAUCAUAUUGUCAGAGUAGCACUAGAUGUCCAACCAGCUGAUCAUAUUGUCAGAGUAGCACUAGAUGUCCAACCAGCUGAUCAUAUUGUCAGAGUAGCACUAGAUCUUCAACCAGCUGAUCAUAUUGUCAGAGUAGACUAGAUGUUCAACCAGCUGAUCAUAUUGUCAGAGUAGCACUAGAUGUCCAACCAGAUGAUCAUAUUGUCAGAGUAGCACGAGAUGUCCAACCAGCUGAUCAUAUUGUCAGAGUAGCCCUCGAUGUCCAACCAGCUGAUCAUAUUGUCAGAGUAGCACUAGAUGUUCAACCAGAUGAUCAUAUUGUCAGAGUAGCACUAGAUGUUCAACCAGAUGAUCAUAUUGUCAGAGUAGCACUAGAUUUCCAACCAGCUGAUCAUAUUGUCAGAGUAGCACUAGAUGUCCAACCAGCUGAUCAUAUUGUCAUUGUAGCACUAGAUGUCCAACCAUCUGAUCAUAUUGUCAGAGUAGCACUAGAUUUCCAACCAGCUGAUCAUAUUGUCAGAGUAGCACUAGAUGUCCAACCAGCUGAUCAUAUUGUCAGAGUAGCACUAGAUGUCCAACCAGCUGAUCAUAUUGUCAGAGUAGCACUAGAUGUUCAACCAGAUUAUCAUAUUGUCAGAGUAGCACUAGAUUUCCAACCAUCUGAUCAUAUUGUCAGAGUAGCACUAGAUGUCCAACCAGCUGAUCAUAUUGUCAGAGUAGCACUAGAUUUCCAACCAGCUGAUCAUAUUGUCAGAGUAGCACUAGAUUUCCAACCAGCUGAUCAUAUUGUCAGAGUAGCACUAAAUGUCCAACCAGCUGAUCAUAUUGUCAGAGUAGCACUAGAUGUCCAACCAGCUGAUCAUAUUGUCAGAGUAGCACUAGAUGUCCAACCAGAUCUCGAACAGGAAACAACUAGAUCUGGCAUCAUCUUGCAGUUGUUGUUCUUGUCCACAGCCUGUAGAUAAAAAGUUCAGCUCUGUUGAUUUUCGUCUGUUAGUGAUCCAACAUACACUACACAUGUUCCCUACCUAUGGUGUGUUUGGUUUGGCCUGGAUGGAUGGAGCCCACUGGAUAUUAAACGUCAUGCUAGGUAACCUCCCCACCCUCAAGUAGCCAGCACUUGAGUAAAAUGAGAUAUGAUUAAAUAGCAGAUCACUCUGGCUUACAUAGCUUCAAGACGGUGGUCACAAAACAUUUUGUGAAAAUGUUCAAUGGCAAUACAAUAAAUGUAAUGAUUUAAAGUGCAAAACAAGUCUUACAAGGGCAUACUAUACAAAGAGUUGAGAAACAAGGAGACAAUACAUAAAGCCACCCAACUCUAACAAACAACUUAGGGCCAGAUGUACUAGCUAAGCCUUUGCACAUUGCAUUUAUACUGCGUAGUGAAAAUAUCAAGUAAAGGUAAUAGAUGGAUUACAACAUUUUGGCCUUUUGUUUGGAAAUAAUCAAUUUGAUCUGAAUUUCACUAUGCACUAAAUAGCUUAUACAUGUUUGUUCUUUUUCACACAAUGACAGUUAAUUUCAUAUAUAACCUAAAUUUAAAAAUGAUUUCAUUUUUCCCAGAAGUAACUUAAGAUUGGUCUGUAUGGAAACCCUUGCAUGAGUGCAGUCAAUAUACUCAUUGACAUUGAACUCACACCUACUCUACGUGCAAAUGUAAACCACUUUCAUGUCUCAAAAGCUGUGAAGAAAUACCAGCUACAUGUUUUUCAUGUUAUGAUUUAUUUUGGUUAUGCCACAUAUGUUUUGUUGAUACAUUCAUUUAGUGGAGGUAAAAAUGAGUGGAGAUGAAAAUGGAAAAAAAACAACAACAGCUGUUGAACUGAUUUCAAUGUGAAUUUUCUUGCCUCUUGUGUAUAUGUGUAAUUACAUGUGAAUUGUACUGUAAAUAUGAUAUCUCUCACUGGAUAUUUCUUAAUGCAUGAACAAAACAGGGCAGUACGUAAUAGCAGCUAGCUUCACUGCUAAUGGCAUGGACAGCUUCUAUGGCAUUGGCAUACUUCUGCAAAGAAAACCUAAAAAAAAAAAAAAAAAUGUUAAGAAGAGAAGAUUAAGGUUUUGUUUUGCAUGACCUAAGUUUGGAAAAGUUUAUUUUCGUAUUUUUCUAUUUCACACUUUUCAUCAGCUUCAUUCUCACAGCCAGGAAAGGAAGGACCCAGUGUUUACAUGCUCUAGUUGCACUUGUUUUACAGCCAGCUCGACAAAACACUGUAAAACAAACUGUACAUUCAAUAAAACUGGAGAAAAACUGAAAAAUGGAACGUACAUUUAUAUCUCAUGGUCAACAUGAAUAAUAUGUACCUCUCAAUCAUUCACUUACUGUGUACCGAAGCACAUACAAUUUGGAAUCAAUGCACCAAGUACAUACUGUAGUUUUAUCAGGUUUAGCUUUAGCACUAACAUCAAUCGCCCUUCAACUACAAAGGAUGUAAAGGAUGCUUAACAGUAGCAUCUGAACUUAAGCCAUGAGAUUGCAUGCUGAGUGGGUAUUCCCAGCCGUUUCUCUUAAAUGAGUUGCCUCUGGACCGGGGGGGGGGUUCUGGUCUGUUACUGAUUAUGAUGGUACUUUCAGGAGGCUAUGCUGAGUCCCAAUUAUACAUCAGUAUAGCUCCCUCUUUCAAUAAGUUUUUACCAGGGAAAACACUACUUGUAAAACAAAUAGCUAUGGGGAAAAAUCUGUAAAAAUGUUUAAAAAAUCAAUUAAAUUGAAAGGCCACCAACCCAUAUCUAUUUUAAAGAUUUCAAUCAGUAUUUUAUAUUUAUUUAUUUUUUUAUUUUUUUUUCUUCGUAAUUGGCUGUAUUUGUUGCGUUUUGUUAUGGAUUGUUAUUAUUACUGUUGUUUUCUCAUAAAAAAAAGGACAUGUACUUACAACCUACCCUGGAAGUCAAAUGUAUUUAUUUUUUGCACUGUAAUUGAUGAGUUCGCUUUAUUUGAUUCAGUUAUCUAAUGAGGUGUUUUAUUUAAUUUGGGGUAUGAGUUGUACUCAUGGAAUCAACAUUUGUAUAGUAUGCAGUUGUAUUUACUUUUUUUUGUCAGUGCCAAUUAAUGUUAUAGUGUCAAUCAGCUUUUUUUUUUAGGUGUUUGAGCAAAAUGUGGUUUUUUUUUUACAAAUACAAGGUGUUAAAGUGUGUGGUAUAAAAGGGUUAUCAUUCAAACAACAGACUUUUUACUAAUAAAGGCUUAUACAGUAA